AUGGAGGUAUCAUUUAAUAUCCUGGCAUCUGACUCGUGGGAUGCAGCACUGAUGCUCGCUCUGUUGUGCACUGCAGUGUGUUCUGGUGUACCGGAUAUUUCUUCAAGAAGAGCUGUUCAUUAUGAACCAAAUCUUGAUGAAGAGUUAGACAGGAAACAGCUAGAAAUUCUUGAGAGUUUUAAAAUCUCUCCAGAAGAUUGCGCUUUAAACUCAGGAAUAUGGAGGGUUCAUCCUCAGACAAUAGAACAUCAUGGCUUAGUUCUUCAAGAAAGUGGUUUUAAAAAGUUGACAGCCUCUCUUAUUGUAAAUUAUGUUAAAGUUGUAAAGAAAAAUAUUCAUUUGUUGAAGAUACACAAGUAUAUCGAUCCAGAGUUGAGCGUCAUUGAUUCCUAUAUGCAGCAUUUGCGUAAUCCACCGUUAGAAAAUCUGGAUUUGAAGAAUCCUGAUGAGAACACAAAUAUUUUGAUAAAUGUAUACAGUACAGUUCUCAAGAGUUUUCUUGCUUGGAGGUUGAACACCACUAGAAGCGAAAUUGAGCAAAUUUGGAAAACCUACCCAAGGAUCAAACAUAAAAGUUUGAAAUAUAUCUGUUGGGCAUUGGACAUUUUGGAACAUGAUUUGGGGUUCACUUUGGAGAAGAUUCGAAGACAUGGCUAUUUGAUCCAUAGCUACCCUCCGAAUAUCUUGGAUACUCUUAAAAGGGUGCCUCAGCUGUGUGGAAAAGAUAUUAAAACUGUUUUCCAUACCCAUCCCAAAAUUAUCAUGUCAUCGACAAGGAAUAUUCUUGCCACCGCUCAGCACUUGAAGCGCUGCUACGAGGUGUUCACGCUGGGCAGCGCCAGCAUGCAGCGGCGCCUGCAGUUGCUGCACACGGUGCCCAAGCUGCGGCCGUUCGCCGAGAACCCGCGCGUGCUGCAGAUCGUCCACUACCAGCGCAAAGUGAGCGCGCGCCUCGACCAGCUGCAGGAGCUGCAGCGCCAGUGCGCCUCGCUGCACCUCCUCACCUCCAAUCAGGCCUACUUCGAAAGAUUCACCCGUGAAGGGGUGGACCGCACACGCGGGUUUGAUGUCGUCACCUACUUGGCGCAGCAGCUGAGUUCAGAGGAGCUUGCUAUACGAGACUAUCUGGGACGCCAUCCGUUUUGGUGCAGCGUUUCCUGUGAUUCUGUGCAAAACACGCUCGAGUUCUUGUUGAAAGAUGGUUUUGAAACCAAAGACAUUCUGAGCAACCUUCAUUUGGUUCUUUAUCCAAGGAACAAAGUUGAAUGUAUACUGAAAGAUCUGUCAUCUUCUGAAGCAGUUACCAAGGCCUUAAACAUUGUCAGUGCAACAAAUCCUCAAAAAGUUCCAGUUUUGUGCAAGAAAACCGAAUUAGCUUUAUGUCUUUAUUUCUUAGAACAAGAUCAUCAUUUUACUGGAAAUGGUAUUUGGAAUACAUCAUAAUAAGAUUAGUUAUAUAAUUUGUAUUGAAAUAAACUACUUUACUCAAAAAGGCACUUAUUUUGUGUGAUCAACAUGAACAGUCCUGAUUCAUGUUUUGAUAUUUGUGACCCCUAGAAAAGACUGGUGAGGAUUUUUGAUAGCUUCUACAGUAUGUGAAUAGUUUUUUAUUUGAUUACACUCUAAGCUGAUUUUGUGGUAAAAAUUUAAGUGGUUCCCUUUGACUGAUCUGUUGCUAAGAUCUAAUAUACAGGAAGCUUUACUCACAAACCAUGCCUGGAAACACCACCUCGUUUGGCAGCAUGAUAUAUCUUUGGCAUCCAUUUCACUUUUAGCGCCCCACGGACGCAUGCCCUCAGAUUUCGGAGAGAGAGAGAGAAUGUGUCUGAUUUUCGUUGGAAGAAAGACAAAGCACUUAUUCUGCCUUUGUUAGUCUUCAACGUACUGCAGACACUACAUUGAAAAGAGUAAACGCCUGGUUUUUAGCUAACGGUCAGUUUUUUGUCAUUUUAAGGAAAUAAUAUUUAUUAUUUUAUAUUGAUUAUUUUCAAUAAUUGUUAAUUUACUACUGAUUUAUGUUUUAUUGGUAUUUUUAAUAAUUGUAUUAACACUUUCUUAUUUGCUUAAUAAUCAGAUUCAAUAAU